AUGGAUAAGGUACCACUCCCCCAGGGACCUCACUGGGGGUCCUUCCGCCUCCCCGUGGGGUCACCCUGGUUUGCCCUGCCGGAGGAGCCAGGGCCUGGGGAGCAGGCACGCAGCUGGGAAGUGAACCCAGGAAUCCAGGGCCCAGCAGCUCUCUGCCCAGGGACAGGCUGCCCCUCCUCCGCCAGGGGCCCCCCGCAGCCCUUUUCUCUUCCCCAGCUCCUGGGUCUUUUUAUCCUUAACCCAGUGCCCACCUUCCUGCUGGCGUCGGGGGCCCCUUCGCCCGGCUGGCAGGAGGGUGCCGGGCUGCCGAGGAAGCGGGCCGUGCUGAGCGUGCUGCUGCACUUCCUGGAGACCUACCAGGGCAUCCUGCAGGAGGAGGAGAGCGCUGGGAAAGUCAUCAAGGAUGGGCCUGAUCCUCUUUGCCUGCCCCUGUUCAACCUCUCCACUGGGCCGGGCUGGUCCGUGCUGAGCGUGCUGCUGCACUUCCUGGAGACCUACCAGGGCAUCCUGCAGGAGGAGGAGAGCGCUGGGAAAGUCAUCAAGGUGCUCUUCUGCCGCGUGUACAUGCCCGACCACUCCUACGUCACCAUCCGCAGCCGCCUCUCCGCCUCCGUGCAGGACAUCCUGGCCGCGGUGACGGAGAAGCUGCAGCACUCGGAGGAGCAGAGCGCCCGCGAGGAAGCCCUCGUCCUGGUGGUGGUGGCGUCGUCUGGAGAGAAGGCCGUGCUGCAGCCCAGCGAGGAGUGCGUCUUCACCACACUGGGAAUCAACAGCCACCUCUUCGCCUGCUCCAAGGACGCCAUCGAGUCCUUGGUCCCACUCCCCGAGGAGAUCCAGCCCUCGCCGGGCGACACCGAGAUCCACCGCGUGGAGGCUGAGGAAAUAGCCAAUCACAUGACGGCCUUUCACUGGGAACUCUUCCGCUGCAUCCAUGAGCUGGAGUUCGUGGACUACGUCUUCCACGGGGAGCGGGGCCGUCGGGAGACAGCCAACCUGGAGCUGCUGCUGCAGCGCUGCAGCGAGGUGCAGCACUGGGUGGCCACCGAGAUCCUGCUGUGCGAGUCGCUGGGGAAGCGCGCGCACCUGCUCAAGAAGUUCAUCAAGAUCGCAGCCGUGUGCAAGCAGAACCAGGACAUGCUGUCAUUCUACACCGUGGUGAUGGGGCUGGACAACGCGGCCGUCAGCCGGUUACGACUCACCUGGGAGAAGCUUCCCAGCAAGUUUAAGAGCCUGUUCCGGAAGUUUGAGACUCUGACGGACCCCUGCCGGAAUCACAAAGCCUACAGGGAGGUCCUCUUCAAGAUGAAGCCGCCCCUCAUCCCUUUUGUGCCGCUCAUCCUGAAAGACCUGACGUUUGUGCACGAGGGCAGCAAGACGCUUCUGGACGGGCUGGUGAACGUGGAGAAACUGGUGAGUCCCCCUUCCCCUGCCCCGCACGCCUGGGUUAUUUCCUGGGCAAGGCCCUACCUCUCCGUGAGGCUCUGCCUCGAUUUGGAGGCGUCGCCCAGCCAGCUGCAGACCAAGGCCUACGUGCGCCAGUUCCCGGUGAUUGACAAUCAGAACCUGCUCUUUGUG